UGAUACACUACAAUCUCUUAUCUAUGACCAUAAAUUGGAGAACAUCGAAGAAAGGAAUAUAUCCCUGAUAUCCCUCAAUAUUUAUUUAGUGUCAAUUUUCUUAUCAGUAACCAAGUAAAAUAUGGUAGUUUUUUAACUGUGUUAUAAAAACUUGAAAUAUUUUCAAAAACGUUAAAGAAAAGUAAUCAAGGAUGUCAGGUUUUGAUGAUAAUCAGUUCGGGGAACCUACUAUUGAAAAUCCUUUUGCGGAUCCAGCAAUACAACAAGUAACAAGAAAUGUUAAUUCACAAAUAAGAGUGGAUGAUUAUGAUCCAUUUUCAAAUCAAACACCAGUUCAGAGGCCUGCAACUUUUGAUCCAGGCAGUGGCCAACCAGCAAUCAUGCAACCAACACAGGAUCCUCCAACAUACACUCGUAGUGGACAACAAACUCAACCAAAACCAGUACUUGACACUGCAGAAUUACAAAGAAGGCAAGAGGAGUUAGAAAGAAAAGAAAAAGAAUUGAGUCGUAGAGAGGAAGAAAUGAGACAAAAUUCUUACAAUUCUAGACGUAAUAACUGGCCUCCACUUCCUGAACAGUGCUGUUUUCAGCCUUGCUUUUAUCAAGAUAUACAAGUUGAUAUAGCACUGGAAUUUCAGAAAAUAGUCCGUCAUCUAUAUUAUCUUUGGAUAUACCAUGGAAUUAUUAUGUUAGUUAACGUAUUUGGAGGCAUUCUUUUGACAAAUUUUAAAAUAAUAGGACUGGGAAUAUUAUAUACUAUAUUAUUUACACCACUUUCAUAUCUUUGCUGGUUUCGUCCUGCUUAUAAAGCAUUCCGCUCAGAUUCCUCAUUCAACUUUAUGGUAUUCUUCUUUAUUUUCUUUUUUCAAUUUAUAGUAAGUACCAUACAAACCAUAGGAAUCCCCGGUUCUGGUACAGUAGGAAUUAUUAUAGCAAUCGAAGAGUUUGAUGGUAGUGCCAGAGGAAUUAUACUUGGAAUUUUAUCACUUGUAAUUGCAACUGGUUUUGCUUGUGCUGCUGCGGCUGAUUUGUUUCUUAUUACUAAAAUACAUCGCGUUUACAGAAGUACUGGAGCCAGCUUUGCAAAAGCUCAAGCUGAAUUCACGUCCGAGUUCCUUCGCAACCAACAUGUUCGUAGUGCUGCAACUAAUGUAGCAGCUGCUGCAGUUCAAUCACAAUUCAAUAGUCCAAACACCAACAGAUAUUAAAAAAUCGUAGCCGUUCUGUGUUAUAUGUUCUAGUAAGUGCAGUCAAUAGUAUCCCAUUAAUUUAAGAAGUAUGUAGAGGGUUUUGCAUCUGUUUUUUCAUUUCAUAUCAUGUUGGAUUAUUUUUUCCAAUUAAUCCAUAUUGUGCCUUUGUAUCAAGGAGUUGCAGUAAAGAAACAUUAAAUUUGUUAACAAAAAAGUACAAUUACUGCAAGUUUAUUUCAUUAUUCCAGUUUAUUUAGCUGAAUCCGUAUAACUUCAAUUACAAACAAAAGAAAAAUAUUCUCCAUAUAAUUUAGGAUUUGUAUUAUAUUCUGUUAAUUGUAAUGGUAGAGUCAACUUUUAUGUAUAUUUUAACGCAAUAUGCAAUUACAAAUAAUGUUAGAGAAUAUAUUUUUAUUUAAUAAUAGUGACGUCAUUUCGUUACGUUUUCUUUUUUUAAAAAGUUAAUUAACAGUUCUGUUUAAGCUUAAAUGUCCGUAUUAAAUAAAAAUUUAAUUGGUAAUCAAUUAAUUUAAGUAUAGUGUUUAAGCAACAACAGAACACUGCAUUAUAAUACAUAUUUGUACUGUUGCUAAAUGAAAGACUUCUUGCGUUAUGUUGAAUUUGUUGAUUAAAAAAUAAACGUUUUUGUUUGCGUAAC